CACAGCUGUUUUGCUGGCACGCUCCGGUGCAUUGCCAUUGCCUAAAAUAAACCGAGGGCGUUGACUUUAAUCAAACUGUUUAAAUAGACUGUUCCAGUGACAUGAUAAAAGAGCUACAAAAGGUCAAAGGUGAGGUCAGAGAGAGGUUUAAUUCUCGGAGGGAGGCGAGGAGUCUCCUUAUUUAAAUGAACACCGUCGGCUACCGUUGGAAGUUGCUCCGUAGUAUUCGGGAAAAGUUAGCUAAGUUAGUAACAGUUUAAAGUGGAAAUACUCCAGUCGACGAAAUUGGACUGUCAUGUUUUAGGUUUGAGGAAGAGGCUUUUCAGGAGGUUUACCUGACACUGGGAUCAGCUUCAGAUCUAGAGAGAGGGUUUUGACAGCCCUUGAGGUCCAUUGAGAUGGAUGAGCAAGUGAAUCCAUUGGAGAGGGACCACUCUCUGUCUGUGGUCCUGCCAGGGGGGAUGGAGAAGAGUGCCACAGUGCAUGGAAGUAAACCAGUGAUGGACUUACUGGUGACCCUCUGUGCAAGUUACCACCUGAAUCCAUCGGACUACACUGUUGAGGUUCUGUCGCCCAACAAGAACAACAUCAACUUCAAACCAAACUCUCCUAUUGGCUCGCUGGAAGCGGAGAAGAUUGUGCUGAAGCCCAGAGGGGUGGAGGAAAAGAUCAGGAGGCCGUACAUGCCUGAGGCAUCUGUACGUCUGUUGAUCAACUACAAUAAGUCCCAUAAGGCUGUGGUGCGAGUGAACCCCAGAGUGCCCCUUGAGGUGCUGCUGCCAGUGGUGUGUGACAAGUGUGAGUUUCAAGUAGAAACGACCGUCUUACUGAGAGACUCUCAGUCCAAAGAGACAUUGGACCUGACCAAGACCUUAAAUGACCACGGCCUGAGGGAAGUGUUUGCCAAAGACACAGCUGGUAAGGAGCCUACUGACCACCAGCACCAACCCAAAACACCUGAAGCAGCUGUCACGCCAACAGAGGUCAUCUCACCACCUCCGCUACAAGACCUGCCAAAGAAGGAGAAGAAACAGAAGGAGAACACAGGGUUUCUCAGCUUAUUCAGACGAAGAAAGAAAAAAGCUGAAAGGGAGGGGGCAAGGAGCGCCCCAGCUUCUCCUGGUCUCAUCAAACAAGGGGGAGUCAAUAAUAAUGAGCAGGGUGUUUCCCCUUGUAACAUCCUGCCAACAGACAUGCCCAAGAAGAGGCGAGCCCCUCAGCCGCCCAUGGGUGCGUCACAGAGCGUCCCAAACAACCUUGGCACCUGUCAUAUAGGAGGAUCACAGAGGUCUGCAGAAUCCACCUUAAAGAGAACCAAGAGGAGGGCCCCACCUCCUCCCUGUGCAAACGGCCACCAGGACCUGCAGACAGACACCCAGGUUAAAGGGACUGUAAACUCCCUGAACACUGUGGAGGAGCUGAGAGAAAGCGAAGAGUCAGACUAUGUAAACCUCCCACUAUCCUCAUCUUCAUCACCACAUCCAUCACAUCCACGCUCAUCCUCCUCCCGUCCAUCAUUCGCUCACCUCCAUGAAGCUGCUGAGCCAUAUCUGCCUUCGUUUCGUGGGAAAGACUUAUCCGACGCCCGCUGUGCUCUUGCCAAAAUCCUGACGUCCUCUGUUUCCAAAGGAACACUAGUCAAGCGUUUGAGUAACUCUGCCACCUUCUCCAAACUACACACUGGCUCCUCCUAUAUGUCCGCAACGCAGAGGUGUUCAGAUAAUGGGGUUUUCUGUGCAGAGCUUGAACCUGUUAUAACGUCCAACCUCCCCACUGAGAAUGACUGGGAGGAUCCUGUACACAGGAAGGGAAUGACCACGUUCAAAGUGGUUCCCGCAAAGAAACCGAAGUCUCAUGAUCCAGAAGUCACCUCAGACAAGAUAGCAGUAGAAGAUAACCCUGAGAGUGAAGCUUCUCCCAAGGUUGAGACUGAGGAGGAUCUGUGCCCUCCUGACAGAUUGGAGGCUGAAACACCGCUGCAGAGUCCAGAACCUUCCUAUCAGACUUCUGACAGGCCAGCUUAUCUUUCACCCCCACUUCAUCAUCAGGAUAGUCCAGGUUCACCUCUGUCUGAGGCUGAUGAAAAGCAGAUGGAGGAGGAUGAACCUGAAGAUACCACAGAGGUGACAGCAGCAGCACAGCCAGACUGCAUUGAUGGAGAACUUACAAGUGAUGUUCAGAUCAACUCAGAGGAUCAGACUGAGUUUCAAAGCCUCAAUGGACAGUCUGGAAGGGCAGAUGUCGACCACUGUGGUUCAUACACUGAUGAGGAAGUUGAGGAGGUAGUAGUACAAGAAGAGGAUGAUGAUGUGAAGGAAGCAGAGGAGGUAGUGGUUCAAGAAGAUGAUGAUGAUGAGAAGGAAGCUGAGGAGGAAGUGGUCCAAAAAGAAGAUGAUGUUAAGGAAGAAGCUGAGGAGGAAGUGGUCCAAGAAGAAGAUGAUGUUAAGGAAGAAGCUGAGGAGGAAGUGGUCCAAGAAGAAGAUGAUGUUAAGGAAGAAGCUGAGGAGGAAGUGGUACAAGAAGAAGAAGAUGACAUUAAGGAAGAAGCUGAGGAGGAAGUGGUCCAAGAAGAGGAAAACGAUGAGAAGGAAGUUGAGGAGGAAAUGGUCCAAGAAGGGGAUGAAGAUGAGGAAUGUUUCCCUCCCCCUCCUCCACCUGUCUUCUUUGACACAGAGGUCAUGGAGGCGGAGAGAAAACAAACCACAGCUUCCUCUCUGCCAUCUUCUGUGCCCCCAAGUCCGACCUCCAAUGGACAAACCAAUGCAUUCAGUGAGGACCAUGAAAACGAGCCCACUACAGCCACGGCCACGGACCAGUCUGCAGCUGCACCAAAAGCUCUGGAUAAGAUGAGUGCGGCCCCGUCCAGAUUCGCACAGGCAGUAGCGUUGGCCGUGCAGAGGUCCCGUCUCCAGAGCCGUGGAAAAAGUUUAGGCCCUCAGGCCCCCGGCGGUCCACACAGCACACUUCCCUCACCACCCAGGUCCACGUACCAGUACGGUGCCUGACUGGUUACCUCACACAUCUUUGAACAGAAGUCUGUGUUUAGGGUGAGGAAUCAGAGCGAGGACGCCGGCAUGUGACCUCCAGAUAACUUAAACAAAAGGUCAGCUGAAUCAUUUCUACGCAGACAAACUGUUCUAUGACGACAAGCAACCGACUUGGUUUCUUUCUACGAUUGUUUUAUUUUUUCUCUCUUUCAUUUUUGUGCAAGACACCUUGUUGUCUCAUUUUAUGUUGGACUUUAUGUUCACAGGUUGAACAACAUUUUCUGUUCUAAGAAAAGCCAAAUGCACAGGAUGCGAGCUGUUGAACUGACAGUGUCCUGUUUUUUUUUUCUUUACUUCCCUUUUGAAUUGUCAUUGAAGACGUGCCAAAGCGGACACAACACUGAUGUGAGAGCUUUUUAAUUUUUGUUUGUGUAAAACAAAAGAUGUGAUGUACUCACAAUAAUAGGCUUAUUGAAUGUGUUUGCUGGGAUGUGUUGUCUCCCUCGGGGUGUACGUUUGUCUGCUUCAAGACAUGAAGAAUGCAGUAAAAUCAUGAACUCAGACUGGUUUGCUUUUUAGUCAGCAGGUGGCAGAAGAGCAUUGUUUCUGAAAUGAAAAUCCUGACAGCAUCCAUUUGUGAGGUCUUUUUCAUCAUUGGAGUUCUGCUGGAUGUACACAAGUGACACAUUUUGUAUUAUUCUUAAAGAAAUAACCAUAAAUAUUGUUUUCUAAUUACUCAGGAGCAUGAAUGACACAUUAUUCUAAUAUUAAAUCAUCUUUAAAUGUCUUAGGAUUUUUCCGAAGGUUAUCUCUGUCCACAUCCAUUUCAAAGACUUUCCCAGAAUAAAAACUACAUACAGUAUUUA